GUUUUAUAAUUCUCAUGAUAGUCACAUGAAUUCACAACGUCUGCCAAGUGACGUCACAACCCACAUGGUUGUCAAUAUUGUGUGUUCAAAACAACGCUUCUGUGUGAAGAAAGAGUUGCAAGUUGAACGAGCUGUUACAAUUAUAAAAUAAAAGAUUUCCUGUUUUCACAAUGUCGUUUCUGUGGGACUGGUUCUCUGGUGCACUCCAAUACCUUGGAUUGUGGAAAAAGAGUGGUAAGCUUGUGUUUCUUGGUCUGGACAAUGCUGGCAAGACAACACUACUCCACAUGCUCAGAGAUGAUAGAAUGGGCCAACACAACCCUACACUGUAUGCAACAAAAGAGGAACUAUCUAUAGGAGGCAUUAGUUUCACCACCGUUGACCUAGGUGGUCACAUGACUGCCAGACGAGUAUGGAAAGACUACUUUCCAGCUGUCGAUGCAAUUGUGUACAUCAUUGAUGCUUUUGAUAGAGACAGAUUUUUAGAGUCCAAAGAAGAAUUAGAUAGCAUACUGUCAGAUGAUCAAGUUGCUGAGUCGCCUGUGCUGGUACUAGGCAACAAGAUUGAUAGACCAGGAGCUAUCUCUGAAGAUGAUCUAAAACAAGUCUUUGGAUUGGUUGGACAGACAACUGGAAAGGGAACAGUGUCACGGCAAGACCUUCAGAGAAGACCUGUGGAGGUGUUUAUGUGUUCAGUACUCAAAAGACAGGGCUAUGGAGAAGGUUUCCGCUGGCUGGCUCAAUACUUGUAGGACUAAUGUUUUUAUUGUAUUGUCCCACCAUAAUUUAGGCAUGGCUACAUACAAAUUGCAGUUGUAUUGCUCAAUAUUUUUUGGAACUGAUGUGUUUCGUGUGAGCAUAAUUGUUAUUUAUUCCGUUG